AUUUAGAAUCGAGAGUUAAUUGACUUCGGGUGAUGUUUUCACGACGCACACGACUCAUUACCGCCAUUUUCGACGGUUCGAGCCGGUUGAAUCCUUUGUCUGUUGUCAGUUCCCCUUAUCAAGGCGAAUCGUAUACAUUGAAUCCAUUUUCAACAUUCGAAAUAUUCAACAAUUGAUUGUUGAGUGACUUAGUCUACCUCUAACAUAAAAAGCAGGUUCACGGUUGUUUGUAAGCGACAGCCGAAAUUAUUGAACGAAUCUGUUGAAUACGUAGCAGAAUGCCGGAAUCCUGUAAGCAGAGUGUUCGAUUUGGUGAGGAUUAUGCCUUGUACGUGACAAACUUGCCUCUUGAGUUGAAUGAGGAUGGAAUUUCGAAGAUUUUCAAGAAAUAUGGAACCGUGAAGGCGAUAAUAGCCCCCACGGAGGGACAAUUUGCAUUUAUUUCCUAUGGAACCUACGCUGAAGCAGAAGAUGCCAUAAGAUCGCUGGAUGGAAAGCCUCCCCUGGACCUGAAGGUCCAAUUUCGUCGAACGAAAACGGAAAAGGCUUUUACUAGGCUCGAGGAGCUCCAGACAACUGAGCUACGCACUGACUUUUCACCUCCAAUUCCCUCACUUAUGAAGCAAGAUCACGUAUUGAGUGGCCCUUGCUCUCACCACCCACUCCACGAUUCCCCCAUUGGAUUACUGCGAAAUAAAUUUCCUCCACAAGAAUAUGACAUUGCUCCAGCUCAUUCAGUGCCCCCAAAUUUCUUGCACUAUCCCUACGACAGAAUUGAAUAUCCAGAGACAAAUGCCCUGUGGUCGAGAGGGUCCCUGACAGUCAACGCCGCUGGACGUAGGCACGUAACGAUGGGCAGAGGGUACACUUUGUACAACAUAUCAGAGCCACGUCCGGGAAUAAUCAAUGACAUUGCCAGGAUCUACGAGAUUCGACACUCAGGGUGUUACCAGUAUGGAUCAGAUCAAUGCAAAAAUGAUUAUGGAGAAUGCUUGCGCUGCUCGAGAGACACAACAUUGUGCUGCUCUGUGUGCGAGGGAUUUUACUGCAGCAGAGCCUGUCAGGCAGCUGACUGGUCUAAACAUCAGGAGCAGUGUGGAAAAAUUCCUCCUCUGGUCGGUGCUAACUCUCACCAGCCAGUCCACUGCAGCGAGGGGGUGACUGCGACCCUUUUGGUGAAUCCGCAGCCAGUUGGGGCAGGGGAAGUGGGGAAGCAGACGAGUCAGUCAACUUAUGAAAUUCAGGAAGUGGAGGAGAAACAGCAGAAGGAUGUACCUCUGCGACUUCCCAAGAUAGUCAUGGAACCUAGUGCAACGAACACUGUUACUGGGAAAACACCUCAGGCCCCAGUACCAACUGUCACUUCACAAGUGAAACAAAGUCUUUUACCUGAUGUUGAAGAAAUUUCGAAACCAGCUGUGGAGAACGUCGACACAGUCCCAUCAGAACCGCUGAAAGUCACUAAUGGAGUCAGAGAUAGUCAUACUGAUAUCAUCACUCGAUCCAAUGCUGACAAUUUCCUUCCCUCAGCGAAAUUUACUGAUGUCCUGAUUACGUCUGUCAAGGAAGCUGGAGUAUUAUUCUUCGUUCAGAAGGUUGAGGACAAUGAGAGAAUUGCUGAACUCAUGCAGAAGCUCAAUGAGAGCAUUCAGCAGUGUCCGCCAGUUGAUGAACCAGUCAUUGGGAAGAUCUAUGGAGUGAUCUAUGAUCGCAUCUGGCAUCGAGGGCUUGUUAUGUCUUUCAAUCCUACAGUUGUCGAUUACAUAGACUGGGGUACGAAUGAGGCGGUGCCAUCAGGCAGUGGUUUCAGGGACAUUGGGGCAUUGGCUGAGCCACCGAGAUUUUCACAGCUGAUCAGACUUCCAGAGAAAUUCUCCAACAAAUCCAAAGAUCUUGAAAUUGAUUCCGUGAUUUCAGUCAAAAAAAUCAGUCUCGACAUUGAUGACGGUGUUUGCGUUAUCAAUGUGGAGAGAUUCGAGGAGAAGAAGCCAGUUGCGACAGUCCCUGUUCCUGCAACUCCACCAGAUGCUCCAACAGCUCAGAGACUCUCCAGUGUAUUGAGUUCUAUCACUGCUGGAACAAAACUUGUGGCCGAAAUUGUUCAUGUUAACUCCAGCUCAGUGCGAGCUGUCGUGACUUUCGAUGCCGUCCACGCCAUUUUCGAGAGUCUGUUGACUCCAUUCAAGGACGACUGUGAUGGGAGAGCAUCGAGCUACCCUAGUUAUGUGCCAAAGGUUGACGAGUUGGUUGCAAUCAAGAAACCACAUGACGAGUACUGGGCCCGUGGUUAUGUCUUGAAGUAUCAACCACCAAGCAUUGAGAUUGCUUCUCUCGACGAAGCCACCAUUGUCACAUUUGUAGAGAAAAUAAUUCCCCUGAGUCCGAAGUACAGAGAUAUUUGUGUUUUCUCAAUCAUAAUGAAUGCUCAUUCAGGCCAGUCCCUGCUUACCAUUCGGCAAGGUAGUGUCGUGGAACUAGACGUGACUGCGAUCAACAGCACCGCAGCUGGAGCUGUGUUGGAGGUGGACAUGAAGAAUGAUCAGGGGAUCGUAACCACAGGACUGCAGUUGAAUGAAUGGACUCCAUGGGAAGUAGAAUCCCCUGAGGUGGACACUCCAUCGACAAAGACUGUUGGCACAAAAAUUGAUGCCACAGGGCAGGGAAAGGUACAGAACUCUUCAUCAAAUGCCAAAAAAAUUGUCCAACAAAUGACAUUGAAAAACAACACCAGGGUCAUUAUCCAGUCAUACCGCAGUCCCAGUCUGAUGUUCCUUCGUAGUGUUGAGCCCGAAGAGGUUGAGAGGCAUGAUCGUCUGAUGCAGGAGGUAGCCAAGUGCGCUUUGACAUCACCAGCAUUAGAAUCCCUUCCACAAUCUGCUGAUUACGUGUUAGCUAAAUUCGAGGAUGACAACUACUACAGGGCUAUGGUGAUUUCCUCAGACCCCGAAACGAAACAAGUGAAAAUAGUCUACAGUGAUUAUGGUAAUAUUCAGAUAACGAGCCUGGACAAGCUGAGAGCAAUGCCGGAAUACCUGAUGAGUGAGGUCUGCUGCGUAAAGAAAGUGAAACUCCAGGGUAUCAAGACAAGCCCUCCGACUGAAGAGGCUGUUCUUCGCCUGGCAAAUGCUGUCGCCAAUGAGGAGGAAUUUGUCUAUGAGCCUCAGAGCUCUCUCCGGAACGAAGAUCUCGUGAUUCUCACGAGCCCGGCAACAGGAAAAACUUUGAAUGAUCAAAUCAAUCUGCUCCUGACACCAACGUGGGAGCGUGAGGGAAAAAAUGAAGGUUGUCAAUCGUCAACAGCACAAUCACCAGCUUCGUCAGUCAUGGAAGCACCGGUGGUGCCAGAGAAACAGGAAAAUAUCGUACUGCAACCGGUCAGCACUGAGUGCUUCAUGUUGGAGCACAUGGCAACUGGAACACUUGGUAAAAAUGGUGAGACUGUUUCUGCUCUGUUUCUCGAGACCAUCCAGCCAGGCUGCAAGUUUGUAUUUGCACGAGAAGAUACCGAAAUGAUUGUUCAUGUGACCAGUGUUAUGCCGGAGAUGAUGAAACAGUACUGUGAAUCGUCCAGCCACUACAUUCCACGUAACAACGAACUUUGCAUCGCUCUCUUCGAGGAUGGACAGUGGUACAGAGGCUGCUGCAUCGAUCCCAACUCAACAGCCUCGUCGGCUCUCGUUUUCUUCCUAGAUUUUGGGAAUUUGUCAGAAGUUCGACACACUGACAUGAGGGAGAUGACGCGUGAUUUUUUGAAACCGGAGGCAUUCGGAUGCAUCUGCACUAUUCUUGAUUUCAUUGAUAAAUCUACUGGUGAGGUGUCACAACAGGUGCUGGCGAGACUGGAGGCUCUGCUACUGCAGAAUGAAACGUAUCGAGUCGAAAUUGCUGGAUUCGAUGGGGACGAGUAUCAGAUUAAGUUACCAGAGAUUCAGUCCCAACUCGUAGAGGAGGGCCUGUUGUCGUAGGAAGGAGAAAAAAAAAUUAUUUUUUUACAUGAGUUAUUCUCUAGUGGAUUUAACGAAUAUUCACGAUGCUUUUUUUACUUGUAUAGUUUGUUUUUUCAGUAUCUUGGGGUACCCAAGGGUUUAAUCGUUUCGGUAGAGAUUAUACUGAUUUCUAACAUGACGUCGUGGGUUCAAUUGAGUUGAACACCAUUUUUUUUAUAAUAGUUCAACUAUGAUUUAGUUGAAGUAAUCUUCUCUUUUAUCGUCGGGAUUAAUUUUUGCAAAUAUUUUCUUUCAUAGUUAUUGGAGGAGGGGAAGUAUCCAUUAUUCAAUGUUAUUUGUUAAUAACUAGUAAUUUUUUCUUUGAUUUUCAACGUUGGAUAUGAAAUAAAUAAUUUUCAUGUUUUUUUUUCACUUUAUGGUUUUGUUUAUUUUUAUAUUUUAAUAGUUUGUUUGAGAAAAUGAUAAAUAAUGUUCUUAAAUAAAGUAUAAAAUGCUCAAACAA